ACUUUGCAGCAGCUCACAAUUACUUCUUCCCCUCCAGGGAUGGCUCUGAGCUCUCGAGCGCAUGCCUUCUCCGUGGAGGCCUUGGUGGGGAGACCCCGCAAAAGAAAAUCUCAGGACUCAACAGAGGGAAUGCUUGAGCUGCAGGAGGAGCAGUGGGUAGAGCCAGAGGAGGAGAUGCCGAGCAGCGCUUCUGGGGACAGCAAGCAGCCCGGAAAGCGACCCAAAGCGGAAUUUUCAAAAACCGCCUUCUCUUGCUCUGGUGGCGAGAGCCGCAGUCUCGAAACUCUGCAAGAAAAAAGUAUUAUCCAAGUGGAGCUUCAGGGAUCCGACCUAUGGAAGAGAUUCCACGACAUCGGGACUGAGAUGAUCAUUACCAAGGCGGGCAGACGUAUGUUUCCUUCUGUUCGGAUCAAGGUGAAAGGGAUGGACCCAGUAAAGCAGUACUGUGUGGUUUUGGAUGUGGUGCCCGUGGAUUCCAAACGCUAUAGGUAUGUGUAUCACAGCUCACAGUGGAUGGUAGCUGGGAAUACUGACCAUUCCUGCAUCACUCCCAGAUUUUAUGUCCACCCGGACUCUCCUUGCUCCGGAGAAAACUGGAUGCGUCAAAUCAUCUCCUUUGAUCGAGUGAAACUCACUAACAAUGAGAUGGAUGACAAGGGUCAUAUCAUUCUGCAAUCCAUGCAUAAGUACAAACCCCGUGUGCACGUGAUGGAGCAGGACAGCAGAAUUGACCUGUCCUUGAUUCAGCACCUUCCUACUGAAGGAGUUAAAACAUUCUCCUUUAAAGAAACUGAAUUCACUACUGUGACAGCUUACCAAAACCAGCAGAUUACCAAACUGAAAAUAGACAGGAACCCUUUUGCCAAAGGAUUUAGAGAUCCUGGGAGAAACAGGGGUGUAUUGGAUGGGUUUUUGGAGACCUACUCAUGGAGGCCUUCUUUCCCUCUGGACACACAAAGUGGAAGCAGUGGCUCAUCUCCAGUGACCUCUAGUGGAGAAGCCCCCUCUCCUUUGAACUCCUUAGUUUCUCCAUCUUGUUCCCCACCUAUGGUUCACAUACCUACAAGCUCCUUUGGAAUGGCCUAUCCAGAGGCAUACCUGCACAACGGCAACCUACCCUUCUACUACAACAUUUGUCCAACUAACAUUUGGCGACCACAACCUUUUGUCUUACCUACUCCUGAAAGGCUGCCGAGCUUCAACAGUCCCCAGUCUUUAUCCCCACUCAUGAUGGAAGUGCCCAUGGUAUCAUCCAGGGGCAUCAUCAAUCCAAACAAUGGCAUACAUGAAGGUUGCAAUGGGCAGUGUCUACAAGCAUCUCAUUCUGCCAAUCAAAUAUUAUGUGGAUUACAGAAUCCUGGAAACAGUUUCCAGCCAAACCCCAUUGCCCAAGAAGCAUUCAGUUGCCCUUUUCAUCUUCAUAAUGGCUGUUAUAGCUACAACUUCUCCAUGACACCUAGAUUGGAAAAUAAUGCCAAUCAUCUCAGUGAAAAUGGCCACAGUCAGAUUUCUUUUAAUGAAGGCAGAUGUGAUUAUUCCCAUUGGUAUCCUGCAAUCAACCAUUACCUUUAA